CGCGCAACAUCUUUGCUUUACAACCAUGAGUGCGCCUGCACCAGGAACCAAACCGCUCUCUAGUGCUGAAGGCUUCGUCUGCGGGGGGACGGCCGCCUGUGUGGCCGUGACGGUCUCGAACCCGGCAGAGGUCGCCAAGACGCGCAUGCAGCUUCAGGGCGAGCUAGCCAAGAGGGGCGCGCCCAAGGUGUACAAGAACGCGCUGGAUGUCAUCGCGAAGACAUGGCAGAAUGAGGGGAUUCGAGGCGUCCAAAGGGGCUUGGGUCCGGCUUAUGUAUACCAAAUCCUCAUGAAUGGGUCGCGUCUAGGAUUUUAUGAGCCAAUUCGGAGAAAUGUGAACAAGCUGGUCGGCGCGAAACCAACGGACCAGAUCCCACUCACAUCCCUCUUUUCGGGGGCCGCGAGCGGUAUCAUCGGAGCGUCGGUCGGAAAUCCUUUCUUCUUAAUCAAGGCGCGGAUGCAGGCGUACUCCCCAGUUCUCCCCGUCGGCGCCCAGCACUAUUAUAAGAGCUCUUGGGAUGCGCUUAAAAGUAUAUGGAAAGCUGAGAAGUUCCGCGGGCUUGUACGAGGUAUCGACGCCGCUGCUCUUCGUACAGCCAUGGGUUCCUCGGUACAACUACCUACAUACAAUUGGACAAAGAAUCAGCUCAUUAGUCGUGGCAUAUCGCGCGGUGAUAGCGUCUGGACGUUCCUCGCUAGCAGUUCUGUGUCCGGACUUUGUGUGCUCAUGAUGAUGCAACCUACCGAUACCGUGCUCACGCGCAUGUAUAAUCAACCUACCAUACCAACACCGGACGGUCGACACAUCGGCGCGCUCUACAAGAACCCUCUGGAUUGUUUGUGGAAGACUUUCAAGGCCGAGGGACCUCUGGGCUGGUACAAGGGUUCAACGGCGCAUUUCCUCCGAAUAGUACCCCAUACAAUCGUCACUUUGACGGCCAACGACAUCAUCGUGGGAAUCUACAAGCGUGUCCGGGACGGAUCCCCAUAGACUACGACCAUGUAGACUUCUAGCCCACGAUCUCAGCCAGUCACAGCUACGUCGACCGCUUUUCUGCCGUCUUCGGUACCAGUUAACUAUAACAUAUCCUACUACUCAAUUUCGAUUGCCUUCAGGGCAGGUAUGGAGCGGUCAGCAAGACAUCACUCGAGGAGAGAUCGCCGAGAAUUGAAUUUAGUUCUUGUCUCCUCGCCUUUCUCGUAUACCUGGACAAUCUCCCCUGAUAUGAACGACUAAUAAUUUUGGUGCUCACCGUCCAUGGCUUUCACGAGCUCUUCCGUGAAAAUACUACGUCUUCAUGACAUCUGGACGCGAUGCUGAUGCGGCUCCUCUUCG